UGUCUCAGCAAGUGAACGAGGGACCACUUUUCCCCACACGUUUCAAACACGCACGCACUCCACCAUUCCUCUCUAUAUCCAUUCAUCUCUUUCUCUCUUCUCUCUCUCUCAUCGUCACCAUUUCGCUUCUCCUGCUGUGACAUUGGUCAACAGAGGAACACCAGAAUGAGCGCCAAGAAGCCGGUCAGACCUCGUACCCGCGUCGGAAGGUACGAGCUCGGAAAAACCAUUGGCGAGGGAAGCUUCGCUAGGGUCAAGUUCGCAAGGAACGUUGAGAACGAUAGCCAUGUCGCCAUCAAAAUCCUCGACCGAAAUCACGUCCUCAAACACAAGAUGAUGGAACAGUUGCAGAAGGAAAUUUCAGCGAUGAAGAUGAUCAAUCACCCGAACGUUAUCAAAAUCUACGAGGUCAUGGCAAGCAAAACAAAGAUUUACAUUGUCUUAGAGUUGGUUAAUGGAGGAGAACUAUUUGACAAAAUAGCUACAAACGGGAGACUUAAAGAGGAUGAAGCAAGAAGUUAUUUCCAUCAACUAAUCAAUGCAGUUGAUUACUGCCAUAGUAGAGGCGUGUAUCACAGAGAUUUGAAGCCAGAGAAUCUUCUUCUCGACUCAAAUGGUAUUCUAAAAGUUUCAGAUUUUGGACUCAGUACGUACGCACACCAGGAGGAUGAACUCCUCCGCACUGCUUGUGGAACUCCAAAUUAUGUUGCUCCUGAGGUGCUUAAUGAUAGAGGUUAUGUUGGUUCUGCAUCUGAUAUUUGGUCUUGUGGAGUCAUUCUUUUUGUGCUUAUGGCUGGCUACUUGCCCUUUGAUGAGCCAAAUCAUGCUGCAUUGUACAAAAAAAUUGGCAGGGCCCAAUUUGCAUGUCCAUCAUGGUUUUCCCCCGAGGCAAAGAAACUAUUGAAGCGUAUUCUUGACCCAAACCCUUUAACAAGGAUAAAAAUUCCUGAACUCUUACAAGAUGAAUGGUUCAGAAAAGGUUACAAACCAGCAUCUUUUACAGAGGAAGAGGAUAUCAAUGUAGAUGAUGUUACUGCUGCUUUCAAUGAUUCUAAGGAAAAACUGGUGACAGAGAGAAAAGAGAAACCUGUGUCAAUGAAUGCUUUUGAGCUUAUAUCUAGGUCACAAAGUUUCAAUCUUGAAAAUUUGUUUGAGCAGCAGACACAGGGAAUUGUUAAGAAAGAAACACAUUUUACGUCACAGUGCCCUGCAAAUGAAAUUAUGUCAAAAAUUGAGGAAGCUGCCAAGCCUCUUGGAUUUAAUGUUCACAAGCGAAAUUAUAAGAUGAAGUUGCAAGGUGAUAAGAGCGGAAGGAAGGGUCACCUUUCAGUGGCUACAGAGGUUUUUGAAGUGGCUCCUUCCUUGCACAUGGUAGAGCUGCGAAAGACCGGGGGUGACACACUAGAGUUUCACAAGUUCUACAAAAACUUUUCAUCAGGGUUGCAAGACGUAGUGUGGCAUUCUGAAGCAACAACAUAAUGAAGAAUCAAGCAGGGGUACAACAAUGUACUUAUUUUUUGUUCAUGGAAGAUAUAAGGCUAGCUAAAACAGGAGCAUGCUGAGUUGGGAGAGUCUGGUUUAGUGUUUGAUAGGAAAAUAAAUCUUAGAUCGUCCAGAACUUAGGUAUAUAUUUCCUUCAACUUCUCAUCGAUACUCAUGAUAUUUUGAUGACCUUAAUUCAAUGAAUCAAAUAACUGAAAAAAAAAAAGAAGUUAUUGUUGCCCAAACAGAGUGGUGUAAAAUCUAGUUUUUAUU